GCAACCUGAGCUUAGUCCAAAACCGUGCAAGACCAAAACACCCCCUUUUAGUUUAAUUUAGUUGACCCAUCCAUCCGGCCUUCCAUUAUCUUCUUCUCUGAACACUUUUCUUCCCUCAUUUCACUUUCAAUCUUUCUCAUCAACCCACUCAAAAAUGUUUCUUUUAGGUAGCAAAUCACGUUAAUUAAAUUAAUCUAUUGAUAACUACAUUAUCAAUAUUAUAUUUAGUAAGUGAAAUCAAACUUCCCAGUACUUAAAUCUCUUCUUCAAAAAAACACCAAUCAUUCAUUCAUCCAGAAGAAAAGAAACAUUCACAACCGGAAAAGCCACGCCGGCCCGUCGGUAAAGCCAAAUGACCGAACUAACCCUGCAGUUCCCAUUUUGUUUGCUUACAUUUCUCCUCCUUGUGUUGCCCUUUUUUGUAAUUUCGGAAGUGCCGGAUUCCGAAUGGAAGGUUUUGCUCAACCUGAAACAACAAUGGGGUAAUCCAUCCUCACUCCAAGCUUGGAACAAUGCAUCCUCCCCCUGCGACUGGCCGGAGAUCGAUUGUUCAAGCGACAACAGCACCGUCACCGGCAUAAUUCUUGGAGACGCAAACAUCGCCGGAGAAAUCCCUCACUCCAUUUGUGAACUUAAGAACCUCAUUUUCCUUGAUCUUUCCUAUAACUACUUCCAACAGACCUUCCCAAAAGUUCUAUACAACUGCUCAAACCUCCAGCAUUUGAACCUUUCGCAAAACAUCUUCUUUGGGACAGUCCCGGAAGAUAUUGACCGGCUCAACCCACUUCAGGUCCUUGACAUCAGCGGCAAUAACUUCACCGGCGACAUCCCGCCGGCGAUCGGCAAUCUGACUAAGUUGACCACCUUGUUCCUCCACUUAAACCUGUUCAAUGGCACUUUUCCAGCAGAAAUCGGGCACUUGAGCAACCUGGAAACUCUGUCCUUGGCCUACAACUUCUUCAGCCCGUCGACAGCCGUGAUUCCGCCAGAGUUUGGAAAGCUGAGCAAGGUGAAAUUCAUGUGGAUGGCGAAAGCACAGUUGACCGGUCCAAUUCCUGAGAGUUUUAGCAAUCUUUCCAGCCUGGAGCAUUUGGAUUUGUCUCAGAAUCACAUGAACGGCACAAUUCCAGAUGGGCUACUGAAGUUAAAGAAUCUCAGCGUGAUUCUUCUGUAUAGAAAUUCGUUUACAGGGCCAAUUCCACAAGUGAUUGAGUCUUUGAAUCUGACUCAAAUCGAUCUUGGAAUGAACCAAUUGACCGGAAGCAUUCCAAAAGAUAUAGGGAACUUGCAGCAGCUGCAGAUUUUGCAUUUAUUCUCCAAUCAGCUAUCUGGAAAUGUUCCAGAAGGAAUUGCCCUGUUGCCAAAGUUGACAGAGUUUCGGGUUUUCGAAAACAGCUUGAAUGGAAAUUUGCCUCAGCAAUUCGGACUUAAUUCAAGGCUUGAAGCUUUUGAAGUUUCCAAUAAUCAGUUCAACGGAAGUUUACCUGAUAACUUGUGCGCCCAAGAAGCCUUGACCGGCCUGAUUGCUUUUUCCAAUCAUUUAUCGGGAAGAAUACCGGAAACGUUGGAGAGUUGUGACAGUUUAAGGACUAUUCAACUCUAUGACAAUGAAUUUUCAGGUGAUGUUCCAGCAAAGAUUUGGACGCUGUUGAACUUGAACACCUUGAUGCUGAGUCACAACUCAUUUUCGGGUCAUCUUCCGGCUAAUUUGGCCGGAAAUUUGACGAGGUUGGAAAUUGACGGGAAUAAAUUUUCCGGCCCAAUUCCGACGGAAAUAUCAUCCUGGUCAAGCAUGGUUGUGUUCAAGGCUAGCAAUAACAUGUUAUCCGGGCCGAUUCCGGUGCAGUUGACCAGCCUUUUUCUGCUUACAACUCUAAUGCUUGAUGGGAAUUCACUCACAGGUGGACUUCCAUCAGAAAUUUCGUCCUGGAAUUCUCUUUCUACCUUAAAUCUUUCCAGGAAUAGCCUCUCCGGUCCAAUUCCCGGUGCAAUCGGUUCUUUACCGGACCUGAUUGACCUUGACUUAUCACAGAAUCAACUUUCAGGUCCGAUACCACCGGAGUUAGGCCAUUUAAGGCUCACCACACUGAACUUAUCUUCUAACCUGCUGGAAGGAAAGAUUCCCAAUGAGUUCGAUAACAUGGCCUAUGAAACCAGUUUCUUGAACAAUUCAAAAAUUUGCGCCCAAAAUCUCCCUUCAACGAGUGUUCCAACUUGUUAUUCCAAGUCCAGUCAGAAAACCAACAUUUCCAAUAAAAUUCUAGCGGUAAUUCUUGUGAUCGUGAUUGCUAUAUUUGUCAUUACUGUUACAAUGAUCUUCUUCGUUGUUAGGGACUUGUGGAGGAAGAAACAGAGGAGAGAUCGCGCUACUUGGAAGUUAACCUCCUUUCAAAGACUGGAAUUCACAGAGGCCAAUAUAUUGACAAGUUUAACAGAAGGUAACAUAAUCGGAAGUGGCGGUUCAGGCAAAGUAUACAGAGUUCCGGUGAAUAGGCCCGGCGAGUAUAUUGCGGUUAAGAAGAUAUGGAGUAGUAAGAAGUUAGAUCAGAAGCAAGAGAACGAGUUCCUCUGUGAGGUUGAGAUUCUGGGCUCCAUUAGGCAUUCCAACAUAGUGAAGUUAUUGUGCUGUAUCGCGAGCGAGGAAUCGAAACUUCUGGUUUACGAGUACAUGGAGAACCAUAGCCUGGAUAGAUGGUUGCACAUGAAGAACAACAAAAAGGCCGCAAUCGGGCCACUCGCCUCCUCUGUUCGUAAGCUUGUUCUGAGUUGGCCAAACAGGCUUAAAAUCGCCAUUGGAGCGGCGCAAGGCCUUUCUUACAUGCACCAUGACUGUGAUCCUCCGAUACUCCACCGCGAUGUGAAGUCGAGUAAUAUCUUGUUGGAUGCGAACUUCAAUGCGAAAAUCGCUGAUUUCGGCCUGGCAAAGUUUUUAAUGAAGAAAGGCGAACCGAAUACUAUGUCUACUGUUGCCGGGUCAUUUGGAUACAUUGCCCCUGAGUAUGCUUAUACUUCAAAGGUAAAUGAGAAGACAGAUGUCUACAGUUUUGGAGUUGUCUUGUUAGAACUCGUGACCGGACGCGUACCUAAUUUCCGUUUGGAUGAUAACACAAGCCUCGCUGAAUGGGCAUGGAGGCACUACAGUGAAGGGAAACCUAUUGAAAACGCCUUAGAUGAGGAUGUCAAGGAACAAUGUCAUUUGGAAUCCAUGAUGACGGUAUUUAGAUUAGGGCUAAUAUGCACCAAUUCGAUACCUAAAGGAAGACCUUCAAUGAAAGAGGUUCUUCAACUUCUUCAGUGCUGUAAAUCCGCUGGAGAGGACGGAGAAAAGAAGGUAGAAUAUGAAAUUACGCCUUUGCUCGGAAGUUCCAAGUACCUCUCGAGUUAUAAGCGACACUCGAAAAAGGUCGCCGAUGAAGGAAACGGCGAUGACAGCUGCAUGUCUAUAGUUUGAACAAAUCAGAUCAUUUGUCCACUUAUCAUGUAUCAUUUUGUAAUUACAUUAGAAUUACGUCACUAAUAACACUUGCAAGUUUUGAAUUACAUCCAUUAAUUCUUGCAUGCGCUAUACAUAUCAAAAUGGCGCACAUAGAAAUUAGGAUAGAGAAUCCCAAUUGUACUUUGAGAAUCUGACACUUGGGACCCAACUUUCGUAAGGAUGAUAGAAAAAGUUUUAUUAAACUAACAAAUUUGUAUAAUUGACUGAUGUCGAUCGAAA